CGAACAGCCUCGAGUUCUAAUCCGCGCUUCUGAUUGGUCGAGAGACCAGGGGGCAAAUUAUUAUAGACUUGAUGUGUGAGUCGUAUUUGAAUGAAUGUCGAACCAUAGACAGAAACAGUAAUUUUCAUGCGCGAUUUUUAUUUGGAAAUCCAUCAAAGGGAUUAAAUUGGAUACUACAAGAAGAUUUAUUGAGAUACUAUUGUGGCGUAUGAACAUUUGUGCUGGCUAAAAGAAUAAAAGAAUACAAUUUAUAAACAAGACAAGCUCAGACAAGUUACAUUUGCUCGCUUUUGUGUUGUGUACGGGAUUUUGUUGUUUAAAACGGCGUUUUCACGGGGAGUUUUAGACGUAUUACACCUCUCUGGUUAAAGGAUUGAACCGGUAAGCGAUACAGUUGUAUUAUUGGUUUUCUGUUUUGUCUUUAAGCGGCAAAAUAGCGUUUACAACUUAUUAUAAAGUCUAUGCUUUGAUGUUCCGGAUAUUGUAUUCAGUGAAGCGAAUUAUUGGUGAACUAAACUGUAGUGUGUAGUACCUUAUUCAUUUAUCCGUGGCCUUAUUUAAUUGUAGGGUUAACUGUGUAUUUAUAUAAGCUAGUUACCAUUGUCUAGGCUUAUUACGAAUCGUCGAGCUAACAUAAGGAUUAUGCCAAGUUUUGUUUAUAAAUUUUGGUACAAAUAGUGAGAGAGUAAUAAUGGCUCGUAUAUGUGAAUUAAUAGUGUAUUUCUUUUAAAUAUAAGUAAAUAAAUCCCACUAGGGGAUUGUGUGUUAGUACCCUAGCCUUUUUCCAAACCUCUAUAACCCUAUUUCAACAAGUACGGCUACUUGUUUAACGUUUAACACAUAGAAUACCGAAUAUAUGUUGAAGCUGUUUACAUUUCGCUGCGAGCGUAUUUUGUAUCUCGCGAGGUUGGCUUUUUGUUCUCAAACUUCUAAUAUUGUGUCUAUCUUGGCCGAAACAAAUGCAAUUAGCUUUGUUUGUGUUGAAAACUAGUAUUUAAGGUUAGUUUAGUGUUGAAAUAUGCUCAAAUCGACUGUGAAAUUAUGCCUUUGUAUUCUCAAGUUUACAGCUCAAAAAAACGCGAUCAUUUGAUUUCGUCCCCCCUAUAAAUGUAAAAGCUUAAAGAUUAUACUGUAUUUAUCACCCCUGAUAGAACGUUUAUAUCUCAGUUUAUAUAACUUUUGUAUGUUUCUACUAAUAUACCGAGCAAUGAGUGAAUCUAUAGCGUUCCGAUAUUGAGCUACAUAUAAAAAUACUGCAGUUUGUUUUUGCAUGCCUCCGCGAAUUAUAUCCAGAAAGUUUCGGCGUUCAAUUUCGGAUUGCAUUUUAUAUCCCAGAUUUUAUGACUAUUUUUGCAAGCACGACUAACAUUUUAAUAUACAUGCGUUUAAAAUAUUUAGCGAUAGUUUAGUGAUAUAAACUUUAAUUCUUACCUGAAAAUGCUGGGAUUGCGUUUGUAUUAAAUUUGAAGUGUCAUGUAAAGUGUAAUAUUAAACCUUUGUACAAAAUUUGCAUGUAUUUCGAUAUUUUGCAAAAGUUUCAAAAUUAUUACACUGUUUAAUAUGCAAGUUUGCAAAUAACAAUUCCCAAAUGUAUACUGUAUGAAAUUUUGAAAAUGACUGCCACAUGUUUAUAAGGCAUAUUUUCAUUGAUUUUUUUAUGCACAGCUGCUUAAUUUUAUGCUAAAUAUUUUGCCUCUAAACUUUUCAUAGACAACCUCUAAACUCUAUUGUGAUUAUUUGUAAAUACACUUCAAAAUUUACACCCCUAAAUUAGCUCACUUUAAAAGCGAACUUUGGGUUUAAAUUUCGAUAUACAACUGUUUAUGUCAAGGGCUCCCCUUUGCAAUUUGAAUAUGUUUACUAUCAGCCGCGAAUUUUUGCGGUCAAAAGCCCAAUUUUUUCCUCAAAACGAGAAUUUAGACUGCUUUAUAGUUAAACCGGACAAGAAUGUAGUUUAAAUGAUUGUUUUCGUGCUAAAUUAGUGCGCAUUUAAGUUAAAAAUUAUAGCAUAUAUUAAAUUUGUUAGUGUUUACAAGUGAGAUACAUGCACGGAACUCAUUUGCUGACAAACCAGCCAAUUUCCCCAAGCAUUUACUGCAAUUUAUGCUCUACAUUUUAUACAGCUUACAGGAAUACAGUUUAAAUACUUGCAUUAAUGCGAAAUAAUUGUAUUUGAAAAUGAAAUUCUACGCUUUCUUUGGGGGAGUCCUCGGAGUCAAGAAGACCUUUUAUACAAGCAAAAUUUUUUGCCCAAACGAGAAGUAUAAGCCUAUUCUACAUAUAUAUUUCACAACAAUGACAUGGUAAUCUCUCAAUUGAUGCGAAAUUACUAUAUUUAACUUGAAAUUUCUGAAAUUUAUAAGCUGUAAUUUGCUAGUCCUCAAAAUGUGUAAAAGAAAACGAAAAUAUGAGAGAUAUUUUUAUGCAAUUUCCUGUUUGGGUGACACGCUGUUGGAUAUUGACCAAUCAAAUAGCUUGUUCACGCUUGUAUUUUACAAUUGAGGCUAUCUUGUUACCCUUUCCUGUCAAUCAAGUGAGAUUUUAAGAAAGACGAAUUAAUAAACACUAAAUGCAAUUAUCAUAAUAUUCUCUUACAUAACACGUUACCCUAUGGGUCGAUAAAACGUAACACGUAUAUCAUUUUGCAACUGUUUCUAACACUAAACAAUAAUUGUGUUUAUGAGAAUCGAAGACUUGAUCUAUACUAUAGAUCAUGUAUGCAGAUUUUCUAAAACCUGUAGUGUUACUAUGGGCAACAAAUGUCCUACUCGGGUAUACAUGGUAUUCAGUAUCAAUUUCUUAAGCAAAUUAAAGGGUUGUUGGAUUAUAGACAUUGACUGAUAUAUUUCGAUGAACAUCAUACUUUAUUUAAAGAUUGUCAGGGUAUGUGAUAAUUCAAUAUGUUUAGCCAUACCUGACUGGUACUCCAACAAUUUUUGCCGUGUACUUGAGCUGGUAUGAACUUAAAAGUCAAGGUGUACCUAAGGCUACUUCCGAGUCUUGCGUUUUAUACAUACGUAUAUAAUGCACGGUCUUUGACGGGAAAAAUUAAACCUUUCUGAAUUUUAUAUAUUUAAUAAUUACUAAACACUUAUAACAAAGUUAACAACCUUGUUUGAUCCCAAAAUAUGUCGGAUGUGUGGAAUUUACAUUGUACAGCUAAAGUUAUUGACGGUUUUGAAUACCUUGGAAGGUUUGUUAGUUAUUGCUAGAAGGAAAAUGUAAGUACGUGAGUAGCAAAUUCUUGUGUACCUACGUGGUACUCGGCUAAGAACAAAGAAGUACCAGACCGUAAUUUUGGCCUGGCGUACCUCUGGUACGUUGGUACACGAAUUAUCACACCCUGGUAUACUAUCUAGUUUCGAAGCCUGCUGAAAUAAUGGCUCAAGCAUUGCUAAACCUUGUACUCAAUUUUUUCUCUUUAUUAAUCUGUCCUCAACUCUCUGAUUUUCAUUGUUUUUAACAUGUAUCUGAUGCCGCACCUGUUCUGCACACCUGUACUUAGAUACAACACAUACUUAGAUAUUUAGAGUUCCUGACAAUAUAGCACCCAGAAUUUUACAAGUCACUUCUCAGAAUGCCGGAAAUGCACAAUUUUGUUGUACCCCCCCCCCCUCCAAAAAAAAGGAUGCAUUCCAUUUGAAUUCCAGUUUAAAAAAAAUGAUCAGACAAUUGUGUAUACUGUUCCAAAUUUGGAACUUUGAAACAUUUCAUUGGUUUAGGAAAUUUUCAAAGCAUUUGGGUUAAAUUAUUGUGUUAUUUCAAAGGUCGUAGGUUUGAUUCCCACCAUGGCCAGGCAUAUUUUUCAAGCUUGCCCGGUGUGGAUAUACACUCAGAGUAACAUCAUCACAAGCAUCAAUAGUGAUCAGUGUUUGUGAUUCGUUUGAUAAAAAGAUGACUUCCAAAGUUCAUUGUCUUUUAUUAUUAUUAUGAUCAACCAAUCACAAACCCGUUGGUGGGGAUUUUAGGGAUUUUGUCAAAGGGAUUUUCAAGGGGUUCUCAAUGUUAUAAGGAAGAAUUACUACUAAAUUAGGAGCCACUGUACGAUGUAUCAUCAUUCACCUUGUAAUUCUAUAGCACAAGUGUUGGGAAACAACUUGAGUUUUUCCUGUGUUGAAGGAUAUAUCCAAAAAGCAGGAUCUCUUGAGGUCAGGUGAUCUUCAGGAGGUAUUGAAUUACAAUAGAUUGAUGAUUUGGUAAAAAGCAAAGAAUACUUGCAAGUUUUGUGUCAUUUCCUCAAUAUUAUUAUAAGUUUAGCUGGGAAAAUAUAACUAAUUGUCCAAAACUAAUUGUCCAAAAUUUAAUAAAUUAACUAACAUUUUUCUGUGUUUUGUCCCAAUGGGCUACUUGAAAACUUUCUAUUUAUUUAUUUAUUAAACUUUGCCACUUACAACAAACAAGUGUCAGGAUCACCACAAUAUACACCAAUUACUGUGGGCCCUUUAAAAAUUGCUAAAUUUUAAGAAUACAACACAAAACAAUAUAUAUUGCAAUACAAAACUACAUUGCACAGUACAAUAUUGAAUAUUAUGCAGUGCAAUGCAAUACAAUACAACGCAACGCAAUGCAUACAUAGCAAGAACAAGAUUCAACUUCUCCCGCCACCAACAAUAUUAUAGUUUACUGAGCUAACCAAUUACAUGCACACCAGGUCAGCGAGAGGUAGCGGUAGUGGUGGCCAAAAACAAGGGCAUUAAAGUUGUCAACUUUUGGAAAACUCUUAAAAUUGCAGAUAUGUAAAGUUUUCUUGACAAAUGCACAUGUGCUUUGCUGUCUCUCAUGGGAUCUACCCGGGUGUCAUAUGAUAGAUUACACGCUUCCGGAAAGUAAGUCACCUUGGUCACAGAGACUUGUUUUCCUAAUUGACGUAAGGCUUUAACUAAGGUCACACACACAAAAACGAGGCUCUAUAUGGCUAGUGACGUACUUUCCGGAAGGGUGUAUUAGUUUGUUAUGCAAAACAAUUUAUUUCAUGAAUGAUUUAAGACUGUUUAAUUAAGGAUCUUAAAUGGUUUAGUGAUUGUAUUCGACAUUGUAAUGAACAGGAAACUGCUCUAUGCAUGUGUGGUCCAGUAUGGUUAUUUAUGGUAUGCACGAUUCCCAAAAGAAGUCGGUGCCCACCACAUUUUCCCUGCCUAUAAUGUUGACAAUCGCUGGAAAUGAUUUCCUUAACAGCUCUCCAAACGGUCAGAAAUGCCGUUUCAAAGGGUCUGAAUUUCAAAAUCUUUCAAAAGGGAGAUGAUGUCAGAUCCUAUCUGCUUAGAUCCUUCAGCACCAUAGAGCCAUCUAUUUCUUUCAAAACCUCUCCUCCAAAUUCAAUUGGGGCCCCUGGGUAUGUGUUGUUGCCAAGGAAAGUUUUUGCUGCAAAAGAACAGUAGUGUAGGAUUUCGAAAUGUUAUUCUAGAGGAUUAGGACGUUUUCCAGUCAGAUCUAAAAUCACCUUAAGUCGGAUGAAGCCCAAUAAUCUGGUAAUAAUGGCUUCUAUGAUUUCAACAACUUCACAUUGGUCUGAAUGAACAGCUUGCUAUUUGUUUGCAAGGGUUUCGUUUCUGGUAGAUCAAGCUCAUUUUAUGAAGAAAUAUUGAUUCUUUACAGACUCUUUGACACGACUUCUAAUUUAAUACAACAUAUCAUACUCUUGUACUUUUUUAUUCUGGCGCUCUUGUACGUUUUUAUUCUGGCUAUUAAGAUUAAGAUUCAUGUACUGUGGAGGCAUUAUUCUACCAAUAAUUGCUACAUGUAUACACUGAGAACAAACUGAUGUAUACAUUAACUAUAGUACUACAAUAAUAAUUGUAAGAAAACGUCACUUUCUAGAGUGUCAUAUUGUAACAAAUAUUUCAACCCAGAAUGCACAAAGUCAAUUCAAAACAUGUGGCUCGAUUACUACAAGGUCUGUAGUCUUUGCUUUAUAAAACAUUGAAAUCCUUUACACAACAUAACUUAGAAAACGCAAGACAGAAAACCUUGAUAGAUAAUAGCGUGACAAAGUAAUCCCAGCACUUGAUACCCAAUCAAUUUUCCUAAUACCACUUCACCUUAAGAUGACAUAAGGUAUGGACCAUACAGGAAGAAUAUUAACAUUCUGACUGAAUCAGGGUCGCAGAUUCCAUUGCCGCCAGAGGGGCCUACAGGGUCUGAAAUUUGCAGUAUCCCGAUAUCCACGGGAUGCUAAAAUUUGGCUUUGGAUACCAAACUGUGAAUGACUUAUAUCCCAACUGGAUACUAAGAAAAUUUCAAACAUUGAUAGCUUUUGAAUACUGUCUAUGAGUUUGCCACACAAGCCUUUCCUCAUAUAAUGUGCAUUUUUGUGUAUUAAUGAAUUGUCUAGUUGUUCACAACUUGACUGUUGAAUCUCCUGUUGUUAUUGUAAUUUGUAACAGCGAGAGUUAUUGGAUUGGACAGGGUAUAAUACUUAUGGUAACCAAUAUCCAGAAGUAGGAUACUGCAUUCUCAGGGGGGAUACUAAACUUUGAAUCCUGGUAUCGCAGUUGGAUACUGAAAAGAUAUUUAAAUUUCAAACCCUGGCCUAUAGUUGUGUCAGCCACUCCUAGUUAGAUCUGAAAUUGUAUAUGAUCUUCUUCUUGAAAUUCAGGGCCAUCGCCAUAGGGAUCGUGUGGGAUGUUGCCAUAGGGGUGGUGUGGGAUGUCGCCAUAGGGGUGGUGUGGGAAACAUCUUGUCGGCAAAGUAAGGGAUUUGUCAGGGAUGUCGCCAUAGGGGUUGUGUGGGAAACAUCUUGUCGGCAAAGUAAGGGAUUUGUCAGCAAAUUGUUUUUGUAGUCGGCAUUUGUGUGGCUUGGAUUAAAAAGGAAUAGUCAUAGCAAAAAUUUUGAUAAAUUAACAAAAAUUACUGAAAAGAAAUUAUGGUACAUUAAUGCAAUUUUUAGAAAAGAAAUAUUUAAUUAGCGACUGAAAUGUUGUUGGACAAUGUGAUACUACACCCCUGCUUCAGCCUCGUUGCUACAGCCUGGCUGAAAUUUCCAUCAGUACAAAACCAUUCAACUGUUAGUUGUAUCAAGCAUAAAAGACCUCCAGUGGCGGAAAUUCACUUUUUCUAGGCAAAGCCUCCUAAAUUCGACAAAACUCUCAAAUUUCCGACAUAAUUUUGCACUGUUUUAGCCCUCUUUAGGUCAAAAAUUUCCAAAAAUUCGAUCAAUUUCCGUGAAGGUUCGAGCCCCACCAAGAUUUCCGCCACUGAAGACCUCUGUGGCAGGGGUUUUAUUUCUGCAAUAUACACUUGUCUCAUUUUUUUUACAAUCAUAUGUCAAACGAAUGCUUCAAGUUGACUCCACUAAAAACUGCAGGUUUACUUUGAGUGUUUACUUUUGCCACUCCAGUUUCCAUCUGUUGGUAAAGGCGCAUUUCCACUCAGGAAAAUUUUCUGCAGAAAGAAAAUUUCGUAAAAUCUGAUUGGCCAACACAAAUUUUCCGUCGGAAAAAAACUUGAAGUUGAAAAUGUUCAACUUUUAACAAUGAUAUUUUCGAAAAAUUUUCUGUUCGUGGAAAAUUUUCUUGAGUGGAAAUUUGCCUUAACACUGUAUCAAUAAGGGAUGUCACUUACAGUACUUCAGCUCUCUCAGUUUAACCUUGACUUUUUAUCUUUUAAUCAAUUCUCAUAUUACUCCCCUAUAAUAAUGUUUCCCAACCCACCCUGCGGAAGCGUGUGCAAUUAAGCAAAGCCAUGACAUUCAGUAUGCGUUCACUUGUAACUCUUUGAUACUAAUAGUGUUCACAGUAAAAAAAAAACAAUUAAACCCACAAGCUCAAAGGUGAAAGGUUCACCCUUUACCCAUAAAAUAUAAUCCUUUAACAUUGAGAUAAGUUUUGUGGGCGGGAACUGGAGUCCACAGAGAGGAAGCUGGUCAACUCGGCCCACUGACCAAUUCGGCCUAUACCAUCUUGGCCCAAUUGUUAACUACUGCCUUGACAUAUUAGGAAAGGUAAUAUUUUACAAAAGCUAGCACCAAACCAACAUAGCCACUUGCAGUUACAUUGGGCGUACAGAUGAGUAAAGUUCGAGAACAUUCAGUUUGAAUCUAUCGAAGUUUCAAAUUCUCGAUCUGUCCGUUUCGAUACCAAAUUACUGAUCAUUCAAGUCUCUCUCAAAAUUUGCAAAGAUAGAACGCAGUCAUGGCUCCUAGCUUGUUUAGUGGUUAGAUUAGUCAGUUUACGAGCGGGCGGAGUUGUUCCUUGAACGGUGGGCCGCGUUGGUUAGUGGGCCGAGUUGACAGUGUAAAGCCACAGAGAAAAGCCACCAGCAUGCUUUAACAAUCUCUUGUAGAGUUAUGCAGUCCACGGCAAAAAUCACACCCUCAGGGUUGAAAGGUGUUUGCUUAGACAAAUACACCCCAAACCUCUUUAAAUGUAAAGCCCAAUCCAUUUAAAGUUUGAAUCAAAUAUGCCAAACGUUUUCCACAUUUGUGGCUUGCCCCUAAUAUUUCUAAAAGGCAGGUGUAAUUCUUAUUUUUCAUUGUCAAUCAAAUUUGCUGUAUAAUAAGAUAGCAGGUGUAUUCAACCAAUCAAAAUACGGAACCUAAGUGAGAAUUUGUAAACAUUGCAAGGAUUUGCAUAUCUAGCUUCUAGUUAGAGUUUGUGUUUUUCAUCAUCGUUGCUGUUGAUGAUUAAAUUGUAUAACCUCUUGUGCAUUUUUGUAUGCUAUAGUUUAUAAAUACAGAUUUCUGUUAUGCCUAUUUGAUUAAAGUGUGAAGGAAAUCCUAUUUUCCUUACAAAACCUCUAUGUGGUUUUGCCAAUUUAAUAAGUCACUUCAGAGCUUAUAUUUGAAUGUCACUUUUCAACCAAUAGCUCGAUUCAAAUUUCAAAUUUUGGCCAAUCGUCUGCUGUAUUGACUUGACAGCAUUUGGUUUUGACACAAGUUGUUAUCAAAAUAUGAUAAUUAGCACAUUGCUACUAUAUUCUCCAUGGAUAUGGGUCAGUAGUGGAAAUAUGCUUCUAACUUUUAAAAUGGACUAUCACUUAUACACUAUAUUCCAUCUUCACAGGUCUCACUAAACACUAACUGCGCAUAGUUACUUUCAUACACUGAGGAAUCUUGUGAAGCUUUGGACUUUGUUUUCAACUAAAGCAAAAUAUCAACAACGAGCCAUCGUACUACAGGUGCAGUGAGUCGUAGUUUUUUAAAAGAAUUAUAGUUGUGUUAUUGCGUUGUUUCUUUCGCGUCGUAUUGUAUUUGUUUUGAAAUAGCGCUGUUUGGAUUUAAGUGUUGAUAUUAUGUAACAUAAAGUGUUUAUUGUUGCCUGUGUAUUGUAUAUGCUAAGAAGGUGUAUUCAAUAUAGAUAGUUUAAGCUUUAUCUACCUCCCCUUGUAUUUAGCGUGAGUUAGUUGUCUAUUGUAAUACAGUACAGUAUAUGUCUGUCUUUGGUAUUUUAAUAAAUCACUCCACAAGUUUAUUAUUCUUUCAUAAUUAUGAUGCAAAACCUUUAAAAAAUUGAUAGUUAAAAUGCGUAUUGGAUAAAGGCUCUUCAAAUGUAAACGACUGGUGUUUUUGUAGAUGGACAUUUUUUGAGCAGAAGAUUAUUGUCAAUUUUCAGACCUACUAAUGAGGAACAGUUGUGAAAAAUGUAACUGUAAGAAUUGAACAUUUAACUCUGAUAGGAAUUGGACAUGCAGCUCUGUGAUUCUGGUGCAGUACUCUAUAUAAUCUGCCACUUAAAAUUUCCAUCUAUAAAAAGUCUAUAGCCACACUUAGUUGUAUCGAACGAAAUGCCUAAAAUCUUGUUAUUUCCACAAUAUCAUGUUUCCAACUUUCGGCUCAAGACCCUUGGGAUGCACUCUCCAGCUUUGUGGGUCCCUUUUGGGCUUGGGGCAAAAUGCCCUCUCUGCCCCCCACCUCGACUGCCCCCACCUCGACUGCCCCCCACCUCGACUGCCCCCCACCUCGACUGCCGCGGUCAUGUUCAUAGGGGGCGCUUUCCAUUAACAUGGCCAGAACGGUCAAAUUGUUGAAUGGAACACAAAACAUUUGGUCUUCGGACCUAUCUAACCGGAAAAUUUAGAUAACAUUAGAAUGAGGUCCAUUUUCGCUAGAUAUUUGAGAAACAUAGACCAGAUCUUUCCAUUGAUACAGAGAAAAGAAUUCGGGUCUGACGGGUCAGGCUAUUGAAUGUGGAAAGUGCCCGUAGUAAAGACAGUUCUCAUAACAAGCUUUUGUCUCUGCUUUGAACUAACUGAGAAUAUUUUAACCUUGUCAACCAUGGCAGAUUAUUGUAGAAUACUUCUUGUACAGUACCUACACUGGGUCUUAGAUAUGAACUUCUUAUAAUGUAGUGAAAGAAAUUGUCAAUGUUAGUCUAGUAUCAGAGUUGAUUCCGUGAAGCCUAAUUCAAUCAUAAUCUGAGAGAUAUCUGAUCCACUUGUAUGCGAACACUCGUGUAAAUAUUGGUGCACCAAAAACGAUGACAGAAUAACACUUUUAACUCCUUGAAAUUCACAGUGUAUGUUAUCCAGAUCUGAACUCACAAAUACGUGCAGAAGAUUUUAAAUUUUUCAUGGCUUGAAAUAACAGCCGAUCACCGAUCAAUGAUCGGCACGAAAUUGCUUAUGAUCGGCGGAAAAGCAGGGUUUCCAACCUGAAAAAGCAGGGAAAGUCAUGACUGCCGAUCACCAUGGUCGGGAACUUUGGGAACGUUAUUUCAAACCCUGGUUUUGUACAUUGGUGUAUGGAGGGUAAUGUUUGAGCUGUAGUUGCUCCAGCCCUCAACAAAAAUCCGGAAAAUUUUAGUCCUAAUCACUGGAGAAUUUGAAACACUUGAAACACUGUGGAAAUUUAAAAAAAAAAUUUCACACUUCCAUGCAUAGAUAGCAUAGUAUAUGGAUAUUUUACAGAAAUAGCGUGGAAAUUUCAAAUAAAACCUAUAGAAAACCAUCGAAAUGGUUUUCGUGGAAAUGCAAAUUUUCCAAGUGAUCAUUGAUAUUGUAAUGCAGUAAUAUUGUUUGUCUCUCAAGGUCAAAACCAAAAUUGUCGGAGUUCAGGAAACAUAAAAUAUUCGCACAUCGCUGUAUGCGGCGUAGAAUGCGUGUAUAGUUGCUCCAGCAUUCUUGCCCCAUAAAAUUCCAAGAAAACUGAUAGGAAAUCCUGAAAAUGUGUUGCAUGACUCGCUUCGAAAUGAAACUCAUGUUCCACUUGAAAUGUGUUAAGCCCCCAAUGAAACGAGUUGAUGAGAGUUGCCAGUCACGCACCGCCACAGGGGACAUUUCAAGCUCUAGAUUCACAAAAUAAAGGAUUGAUGAAUGUUCUAAAUACGUUUUAACUUCAAUAGAAUACAUGAUAGUGUUGGGAAAGCAUUAAGAACAUGGUCGCGCAGCAGCCCAUCUCGUUUGAUGGGGAAGGUUCAUUCAGGUCAAGAACAUGUAUUGUGUUGCAAUAUUAAUCUACUUAAGCAAUGUUUCUUAUUGUUCAAAAUCUUUCAUGCAUAUCUUGUUGAGGCAACAAAGACAAUUGCGGCUACAAUAACAUAGCCGUGUAUGCAGAUUUUCCAGCCUUAAGACCUGAAGUAAAGUCCCAUUCAAUCGAUGAUCCCAGCAAUUGACUUAUUGUUGGUCCAGACAAGAAGGACGAAAUCUAUCAUUAUAGCUUAAAAGAGCAUCCAAAAGAGCAUCCAUGUUGUAAAAUACGGAUUGUACAUCCAUGUUGUAAAAUACGGAAAAUACAAUAUACAUGCAUACGAACUGCUUAUUGUUUGCUAGCUGUAAUAAGUUACUUACUAACUCUACAUUCUAUCAUCAUAAUUGCCCUGCCGAUCGGGAUGAUUCGUAUUAUUUGGGGGAGGGGGGUGCCACGCACCCCCAUACCCCCUCAAGUUUCGCCCCCUGUAAUUUUGCUUAGUAAACGGUUGAAAAUUACUUUGUUAUUGAGCCUAAAAACAGCAAGAAACAAAUUUGUCCAGGAAAACAUGGGAAUAUAAGAUCUUUAUCUGCCCCUGACAUGCUAAAAUAAGUAAACAUGGAAACGAGGCCAUUGGGUGAAAGAGAAUAAUCGGUAAGGUCUAUUGUAUCCCUAUCGAUCCAGAGCUUUCUUAUAAUUAGCCAUUCCGAAGUUGAUGAGCGGACUGGGGACGAGUGUUAAAAAGUGCCCAAAUUAAGAAAUGAACCAAAUCACUAGAAAGACCACCUCAAAAUUAAUAAGUAUACAAAGUUUGAAGACGUUUACAUAAAUACCCUUCGAAUAAUAAGCUUUCGAAAAUUGUGAAAUUACUGAUUAAAAGAUUGUUUUUGGGACGCGCGUCCCCAAAACACAAAUUACAAUAUACAUUUCAUAGUAAAUAUCGCGAUUUACGAAAGCUUAUUAUUCGAAGGGUAUUCGUGAAAACGUCUUCAAACUUGGUAUACGUACUAAUUUUGAGGUGGCCUUUUUAGUGAUUUGGUCCAUUUCCUAAUUAGGGCACUUUUUAACACUCGUCCCCAGUUAUCUCAUCAACUUCGGAAUGGCUAAUUGGCAUUAUCAACACGGCACAGUCAGUAACAAGGACGGAUUUUCAUUUUUUUAAAGGAGGGCUGGAACUGAAUUUCUAGUGGGGUGCAAGCAGCACCACUGAGCGACUUCGGCAGGGGUUAGGCGUUAGGGUUAAAUACUUUCACACAAAAUAGGAGGGGGUUGAACACUUUAUAAAAUGGGUUCAAGAGAUUGUAGGGGGGUUUCAACUCCCCCUAACCACCCCCCCGCAGUAAAUGCGCCCGUGGUCAGUAGUGAGAAUCUACCACAAAAGACGUUCAUUUCGAGACUGUUUUCUACGCUGAAAACGUUCCAACAGUCUAAAGUUUUUGUAUGAAUCAAUCACAAAAACUAUACGAUCCUGGUGUAAUGUACUCAGGUGAAUAAGAUGCUUGUGUGAUGUUACUCUGAGUGUAUAUCCACACCGAGCAGGCUUGAAAAAAUAUGCCUGGCCACGGUGGGAUUCGAACCUACGACCUUUGGAAUACUAGCCCAAUGGCAAUGCUUUGCCAACUGAGCUACGCGGUCAGGUCGGUUCGAGUAUGCGAUAUUUCGGAACUGAGCCUAUAGUUCCUUCGAUAUCAGUGUAAUCUAAUAAUCAUGAUAUUUGCUGUGUUGGUGUAAUGUACUCAGGUGAAUAAGAUGCUUGAAGCAUCAGUUGGCAGAGCAUUGGGCUAGUAUUCCAAAGGUCGUAGGUUCGAAUCCCACCGUGGCCAGGCAUAUUUUUCAAGCCUGCCCGGUGUGGAUAUACACUCAGAGUAACAUCACACAAGCAUAACACUGUAAAUUUGAAGGAAUUGAAUCAGCUCCAAAAGUGAUCAUCUGUCACCAAAAUCGGUGACAAAAUAACGCUUUUGGAGUUGAACUCCUUCAAAUUUACUAUGAAGACUGCUGUAUUACUAGAUCGAUGCAGUAGCAAUGUCCAAACAGGUUUUUAGUCAAGCCUUUCGAUUUUCUAACAGGUUGUAUUGUUUCGUCUGCCUCUCAUUACCCGGGCCCAUAUUAUCGAAAAAGAUUAACCUCAUUUUUAAUUCAUAACUUUCAUUCAUCGACACUUCGACCAGCUUUAUGUUGUGGCAGAAAUCAAUCUAAUUGCAUUUCACACGUUUCAACUGUUUAUAAUUUCGUGCGACAUAACUAUGGAUUGUUUCCAGUUGGUCGUUUCCAGAAACCGCGCGGAAAUAUGGCUAAUAUUGUAAGAUUAUUUAUUUGUUGUCAUAGCGCAGUCGUAUUAUUGUCUGUCCCGCUUUGUUUGUCAUAAUAUUUAAGUCGUGUUUGCUUCAAAUUGGAUAAUAUUUUUUAUACCUUUAGUUUGUUUAUAGUGGUGCAAUGUAAUUCUGAAAAUCUUGCAGGUUUAUACCGUUGUGUUGACAUGAAAGAAGUCUGUACAAUUGUCAGUUUAUUUAAGAAUCGUGCAUGUAUAUACAGUAUUUAACGAGUGUUUAACGAGUGUUUAAUACGCUUUGAUUGUUACUUUAUACAACAAUUAACACCUCGUCAUGUUCGCAUGUACGUGUUUAACUUCAACAUGUAAAUGGAUGCCCGUUUACACUUGGAAUUUUUUCUACGAUUUCUAGUGGGAUUUUCGUCUUCUUCUUCAUGUGAACGAGUAGAUGAACUAAGUAAAAGUAGUAAAAGUGCCCUCAACUGAACAUUCAUCUAACUUAUCCACUUGUUCACAUACAGCAGAAGAGGAAAAUCGCAAGAAAAAUUGUGCAAACGGCGGGGCUUAAGAAUCGUGCGGAUGCAAAAGUAUUUAACGAGUGUUUAAUACGCUGUGAUUGUUACUUUACAACAAUUAACACCUCGUUACAGUCAGAUGUACGUGUUUAGCUUGGAGAUGUAAGGCGUUUUGUAUUGUCACUCUGAGUUGUACGUAAGAGACGUAGGGUUUUAAGAGAGCGAGGGCAUCCAUUUUUUUCUCCCAAAAGUUAGAAGUGAACGUUUCAAACGGUCCUUUUUUAAUAGAUGUCUGUUUAAUUAUUUUUAACAACGAUGCACACAGAUGCAACUUGUAUAUUAACCUUAAUGCUAUACCUUGACUCAUUAUAAAAUUAUUGUUAGCUAUAAUGGACCUAGCUAUUCCCUAAUGAACAAAAUUUUGAUCUAGACAAGUCUAGACAAACAUUUCACCACAGCUUGAAAAAGCAUCACAAAAUUAGUAAUAUUCCGAAGUUUUGUUGCGAAAUGUUGUGAAAUGCCGAUAAUAUAGCCUUGCGAAGUUUGCCGUUUUUCAGUCAUUUUGUAUUACGCACGGGAAAUUGAUACCUUUUUUCAGAAAGCGGUAUCAAUUUCCUGUGCGUAAUACAAAAUGACUGAAAAACGGCAAAUGUACCGCAGUGCUAUAUCAUCCGCAUUUUGCAACAUUUCGCAACGAAACUUUGGAAUAUUACUAAUUUUGUGAUGCUCUUUCAAGCUGUGGUAAAAUGUUUGUCUAGACUUGUCCAGAUCAAAAUUUUGUUCAUUAGGGAAUAGGUCCGUAGUUAGUACAUGAUUGCUGUAAUUGUAUCUGUAUUAUUGUAAAGACACACAUAUGUUGUGAUUCUAAUAAUUCUCAUUAACAACGGUAUAUUUUUUUAUCUAGAUAUCUGGCAUGAGAUAACGAUAGCAAGAAGAUCAUGAUGUGGGACCAAAGUCAUAAAUCACUCACUGAUAUGUUGCAAGUAGAUCCAGGAGUCAACCAGUUUGGUGGUCCUAACCUCAUGAACGACUUUCUACCCAAAACUGAACUCGACCCGGAUGGCUCGAUGGGCAUGUACGGGGGACCUAUGUCUGGUCCUGGUGGGCCCAAUAUGGGUCCAAAUAUGGGCGGUCCGAAUCUUGGACCUAAUGUGCCUGGCCCUACUAAUGUGAGCAUGGGACCACAGUUGUCACAGCACAGUAAGUCUAUGGUUGUUUUUUUUUGCAAAAAACACAAUGCGAAGAUUAAUGCCCGUAUUCUAAAAGCUCACUCAAACUCACACUCAAUGAGUGGAGAUUGAAUCUGAGCUUCUCUUGAGUAUCGAUGCUGUUUUUGAAUAGCUGGAGGGUUAGUGUCGUAUCUUAUGUGACUACUCACCCUCCAGCUAUUCAAAAACAGCAUUGACACUCAAGAGAAGCUCAGAUUCAACCUCCACUCUUUGAGUGUGAGCUUUUAGAAUACGGGCGUAACACUUUGGAAAUCAAGAUAUCAAAACACAAGAAAAUUCCUAUUAAUCCAGACAAAAUUUCAAUUUUCAUUUUAUAAGCAAGCUAUUAGGUCUUAAGGAAGUUUGCUUUGAAUUUUAGAUUAGCCUAGGGUUAAUCUUUCAAAGAACAGGCCCCACAUAUUAUACGUAAAUGUUUUAUUUGCCAAUGCUUUGGCACUACAACAUUUGUUAGCCUUUGUUUAUUUUAGUUUCGAGCUGGGUUAUAUAACCUUGCAUGCCUACUUGUUUGUAUAAACAUAUCUCUUAUGUAUAAACUUAUGUAAACAUUCCAAGCACAUGUUUACUAAUCACAGUUUAAAAAUACAGUGAUUACCGUUAAAUUACACCUCAUCAUUGCAAUCACAAUUAUAACCCUUGUUGUAAUUUGUAACCAUUAUCCUUCACCUAAUAUUCACCUUAUCCUAACUUUCAUUAUAUUCGUAACCCUAAUUCUAAUCUUACUUAAACUUAAUCACAACGCAUAGACGGUGUGCACCCCCCCCCCCCCAAAAAAACCAAAAACAAUAAUUUGCUUCCCCCCAAAGAAAUUUCCACCCCACCUAGAGAAAUUUGCACCCAAUAGUAGUUUGAUUGAAAUAAGGAUUUCGAACUAUAAAGUAAGACUAAACACGAGGAGUUUGAAUUUAAAUUUUCCUGAUGAUGACAAAAACAUAUAAUAGUUGAAAUGUAAACUAUAUUAACAAUUUUCUGAGUUGUUUUGUACAGCAGUGACUCUAAUCUUGUGUUUUAGAUGCGGGAAUGCCUCUUAGCAUGGAAAGACAUAUCCAGCAAACGAAUGAACGCCUGAUGUGUAUAAAACAACAUUUAUCAACACCUCAGGGAUUUCAGAAUGCUGCAAGAGAACUUUUGGAGUGGUGUAGUGACGUCAGAGCGUUCCAGGCUCCAUUUGAGGCUAAUCUGAUGGGCUGCUUAACUGUAAGAAUCUUUGAUGUCAGGGUUUUUUCAGGGAUUUUUUACGGCCCAAAAACUCAAUCUUGAAUUGAGUUUUGGAACUCAAUCUUCUCACCAAAGUUUCAGUGCAGUAAAAGUGAAGUUGUUUGAGUUAAAUUUCGUGACGUGUGGACGGGAGAAACGAUGUGGUGUUUGCUAUAAGGCUGACUUUAUGUGACACAUCUAACGUCGCAAUAAGCUUUCACGUUGCUGCAAAGACGUGAUAAUGCUUAGCUUAACGUCGUAUUGAGAAUAACAACGCUAUUGAGGACACCCCUGAGACCACAAAUUAUUAAUAGUUUUUAUCUUGCAGGUUGUGAGUCGUGUUGCUGCCACGCCCGGUUAUGACCUGCAUCUUGGUAAGUUUCAGCUUUUGCCUGAACUAACUUUAUUUAUAUUUGAUAGCUCUAUCAGUUCUAAACUGUUCUUCCUAGAGGUCCAGUAAGAGUCAUCUCUUGUUGAUCCAGUGUUACUACAGGAGGAAACCUAAACUAAACUAACUUUAUUUAUACUGGAUAGCUCUAUCAGUUCUAAACUGUUCUUCCUAGAGGUCUAGUAAGAGUCAUCUCUUAUUGACCCACUGUUACUACAGGAGGAAACCUAAACUAAACUAACUUUAUUUAUACUGAAUAGCUCCAUCAGUUCUAAACUGUUCUCCCUAGAGAUCCAGUAAGGAUCAUCUCUUAUUGAUCCAGUGUUACUACAGGAGGAAACCUACACUAAACUAACUUUAAUUAUACUGAAUAGCUCUAUCAGUUCUAAACUGUUCUUCCUAGAGAUCCAGUAAGGAUCAUCUCUUGUUGAUCCAGUGUUACUACAGGAGGAAACCGGGGGAAACCUACGAUGUUCGUUAGAGUCAAACUGGAAGCACUCUUCUCACAUGAGACUGAAGUGAAAUUAUAAUCAGACAACUGCAAUAUCCAUGAAUCUAACUUUAGUCCCAGAAGUGUAAGUCUAUUAAGCACUGUGCCACCAAACCUCUAUAAAGAUCAGCUUUUUUUGUAAACUAUAUAAUUUCUAUCAGUUGAUAUAUCAUGAAUUAUACGUUAAUAAUUUUAGGGUAUCGACUGCUGGCUGUUUGUGCCGCUCACAAGGAGAAAUUUUCGCCCAAGUCCAUGAGUUUACUGGCCAUGUGGAGUGAAGAACUAAGCCGUUUCUUGCUACUCAAACAUCCACAGACACCGAAACAAACUCAUAAAAAGCCGGUUAAUGGGUAAAUAUAUAACAUUUUAAUUUUAUGAAGUAAAUUCUACAUGAUGUUCUCCAAGUGAUGUCCACACCAGGCAAGUAGAAAACUACUUGAUCAUGGUGGGAUUUGUACUCAGGUAGAUUAUAUAUAUUGAAUGAUGUUCUCCAAGUGAUGUCCACACCAGGCAAGUUGAAAACUACUUGAUCAUGGUGGGAUUUGUACUCAGGUAGAUUAUAUAUAUUGGAUGAUGUUCUCCAAGUGAUGUCCACACCAGGCGAGUAGAAAACUACUUGAUCAUGGUGGGAUUUGUACUAAGGUAGAUUAUAUAUAUUGGAUGAUGUUCUCCAAGUGAUGUCCACACCAGGCAAAUAGAAAACAACUUGAUCAUGGUGGGAUUUGUACUCCAAGUGAUGUCCACACCAGACAAACUACUUGAUUAAAUUAGGCUACACACCCUCAGUACGUAGGCUUGUAGAUUAAAUACCUUCGUGAAUAACUUUUCAUGCUAGUAUCACCGAUGCUUAUUGUGUUCAACCCGCGCAAAUAAAAAAAAGGAAAGCAAUAUUGUCCUUUGAAUAUAUAAUCGCCCCGACAUUUUUCCUGUGCGUAAUAGCCUAAGUGUCUACACGAAAUAUGCCUGCUGGUCGUGAAAUACAAAAUGAACCUCGCUUUUAACUUGGAGGGCUUUCUAUUUCAUUAUGAAAUAUCAGUCAAGGUAAGUACAUCAUGUUGUCUGACUGAGUUGAGCCAGGGCAGUCGUGAUUGUAGUAAGCUUUACGAUUUUUAAUGUUUUACUUUGCUAUGCUCUGACGAUUUUCACAUGUUCUCAAGCUAUGUACUUUUGAGAAAUUAUCUAAAGGAAGCCUUUGACAUUUCGUCGAGUUUUAUUAAGCACUGUCGUACAACAGAUGCUGGCCAACUUGCAGUUAACAGAGUGAGAAAAUUUAUAAUGUAAAUUCAUGUCAUAGAUAUCAGUAUACUGUAUAGUCUUGUAUUUGCUAGCAAAUAAAUAAAAGAGAGUUGUAGUUUAGUUUGUUUCCUGCUGUAUGUCUCCCAUUUGUGAAGCGGUUGACAUCUAUCCUUUUCCUAUAAUCAAUCAUCGAAUGCUUGAACAAUUGUCGAGUUGUGGUUGUUAUAAGGCCGAAGUCGCUUAAUGUUGCGUUAUUGCGAAAUAUUAUUAAGAGCUUCUUCCGCGAGUUUGCGUCUGACAAUUGUACUCGUGCUGAGGUGUAUAGAUUGUUAUCUCAAAAGUAUGUCCAUGACAUUGAUAUCGCUUGAAGAUCACGCAAUAUAUAUAUUUUCUAUCCCUUUAUACAAAUCUCUUAGUUUUCAAUAAUCGCUGUAUACAACGUAUAGUUUCAACAAGCCGAUAUCGGGCUGUGUUCACACAAUGCUUGUAUUCAAUUAUCACAAUGCUACGAGAAUACCUCUCACCUCGAGAGACUUCAAAAUUACCGAGGGGGGGAAAUAAUCUUAAGCAGAAAUAUAAACUUUGAGGCUUGAAAAGACGGAAAAUGUUCCCUCUUGAAAGGUUUUUAUGUUUCGCCUUAAUGCUUUUCGGAGAACUGUGACGCAUGCUACAGACUUAAUAACAUUAGGAACACAUUAAUUAAAAUACAUCUGUCAGUUCAUUCAGCUCUAUGUAAAAAACUACCUAUAAUAAUAUGAAUUAGCAUUAUUUUCUCAUUCUGAUAACUGAUGGUUGAAUACGAUGUCACAGAAUGAAGACACACAGAAGGUCGACUCAGUCAAGAAAGCAUAACCGCGGCCACGCCAUGAUUCGUCAUUAAAUGAGAAGUCGGGCUUCUGUAUAGUCUCUAUUCUGUGACGAUGUGCUCCUACUAUUUCAGAGAUCUUAAUGCACUUAUGAUUUUACUAAUACAGAGAUCGUAAUGCACUUAUGAUUUUAAUAUUUCAGAGAUCUUAAUGCACUUAUGAUUUUACUUUUUCAGAGAUCUUAAUGCACUUAUGAUUUUACUAAUACAGAGAUCGUAAUGCACUUAUGAUUUUACUAUUUCAGAGAUCUUAAUGCACUUAUGAUUUUACUUUUUCAGAGAUCUUAAUGCACUUAUGAUUUUACUUUUUCAGAGAUCUUAAUGCACUUAUGAUUUUACUAUUUCAGAGAUCUUAAUGCACUUAUGAUUUUACUUUUUCAGAGAUCCUAAUGCACUAAUGAUUUUACUAUUUCAGAGAUCUUAAUGCACUUAUGAUUUUACUUUUUCAGAGAUCCUAAUGCACUCAUGUGGCCCAUGCAACAACAGCAACCACCUCAACCAUCUGUAUCUGUGGUGACAACAGUAUGGGGUGUUGCAUCGUCCACCAGUCAAGCUCAGCUCCCUACAGAGAACAUGCUGCCUCCUCCAAAUCCAAGCUCAAAUGCUGGCCAGAUCAUGAACCAACAACCUUAUGGUAAUCCAGGGAUGAUGAAUUCUGGGAAUAAGCCCUACCAACAGCCAGGUAUGUUGAUGGUAGUGAUGAUGGUGCUGGUGGUGAAGAUGAUGGUGCUGGUAGUGAUGGUGAUGAUGGUGAUGAUGAUGGUGAUGAUGAUGGUGCUGAUGAUGGUGGUGGUGAUAAUGGUGAUGGUGGUGAUGAUGAUGAUGGUGGUGAUGAUGGUGGUGAUGAUGAUGGUGCUGGUAGUGGUGAUGAUGAUGGUGCUGGUCGUGGUGAUGGCACUGGUAGUGAUGGUGCUGGUAGUGGUGCUGGUAGUGGUGCUGGUAGUGGUGAUGGUGCUGGUAGUGGUGAUGAUGGUGCUGGUAGUGGUGAUGAUGGUGGUGAUGAUGGUAGUGAUGGUGAUGAUGAUUGUGUUAAUAGUGAUGGUAUUGGUGGUGCCCUGGUGAUGAUGGUAAUGGUGUGAAUAAUCUGUUGAUGGUAUUAUAAUCCUACAUUUUACUUACACAUAGGUUUUCCAGGCAAUCAAUUCCCUCCAAGAAGGAUGACAGCAGAUGCUGCCCGCAACACAGGAGGGUACCCCUCAACCCCAAGCACACCACAAGCAGGUCCUCAAUCCAACCCCUUCCACUACCCACACUCUGGCCCACCAAACGCAACACCUUUCCCCACUACUCCAGCCCAAAUACCAGCUCAAGCUCAAAACAGUCAAUAUACGGGAAGCGGACCAGCGGCAGCCGCGGCUGCGGCAGCUGUUGCGGCGGCUGCCGCUACUGCAACCGCGACUGCAACGGCAACUGCAACGGCUUCUGCUAUACAAGACCCCGAUGUUGGUAGGUUGUUCUUAAAUUCACUUCUUAAUGCAACGAUGUUAGUAGUUUACCCUUCAUAAAAUGUUGUCUGGUUUACAUUAUCAAGUUUCUGUGGUAUCAACCACGUAAUUUCGAGUAUAAAUCAAACAUUGGUAGUGCUCAGCAACCAUUCCGAAAAAUGUUGACCAAUUCAUUUCCUAACUUGAAGGAACACCUCUGAACAAUUCCUCAACAAUUUGAUAAGUUCCUUAAUUAAAAAGUUCCUAACUUCCUGUUUCAUUGACCAAUCAAAUUUUAUAGUUUUAUUUUUGAGCAAUCUGAUUGGUCAAUGAAACAGGAAGUUGGGAACUUUUUAAGGAACUUAUCAAAUUGUUGAGGAAUUGUUCAGAGGUGUUCUUUCAAGUUAGGAAAUGAAUUGGUCAAGAUUUUUCGGAACGCUUCUAUUGGCACGACUGUAACACACAUUAUGCAGUUGUCUGAUUAUAAUGAUCACUUCAGUCACAUGUGAGAAGAGUGCUUCCAGUUUGACUCUACCAAACACCACAGCUUUUCUUCAUUACUUAUAUACUCCAGUUUCCUCCUGUAGUGACACUAGGCCAAUAAGAGAUGAUCCUUACUGAACCUCUAGGAAGAACAAUUUAGAAGUGAUAGAGCUAUCCAGUAUAAAUAAAGUUAGUUUAGUUUAGGUUUCCUCCUGUAGUAACACUGGAUCAAUAAGAGAUGAUCCUUACUGAACCUCUAGGAAGAACAGUUUAGAACUGAUAGAACUAUCCAGUAUAAAUAAAGUUAGUUUAGUUUAGGUUUCCUCCUGUAGUAACACUGUAUCAAUAAGAAAUGAUCCUUACUGAACCUCUAGGAAGAACAGUUUAGAACUGAUAGAACUAUCUAGUAUAAAUAAAGUUAGUUUAGUUUAGGUUUCCUCCUGUAGUAACACUGGAUCAAUAAGUGAUGAUCCUUACUGCACCUCUAGGAAGAACAGUUUAGAACUGAUAAAGCUAAGAUCUAGUGUAAAUAAAGUUAGUUUAAUUUCCAUAUACAAUCGUUGAAACGUUAAUUGAGCGAACUUUCAUACAAAAUAAAUCGUUUUCAGAUGGUGGCUUUGGAUACGACCAAAACCCCACCCAAUUUCAAGCCCAAGCUCAGACCCCUGGCAAUCACCCUCAACAACCCCCACCGCCUUACUCAAAGAACCCGUAUCCCCAAGGCUACGGUAAUAAGCCCCAGUACCCCGGGCCGUACCAAGGGAACCCUAACCAGAAUCAGAUGGCCAACCCUGGCAUGAAAUCUCCCAUGAUGAACAGACAACAAUUUAUGCAGCAAUUCAUGAGAAAACUACCACAACAGCCUAACCCGAGUAUGACCACUAACAUGGUCAAUAUGAUGAGUCAUGGUGGGUUUAAUAACAAACCUAACUUUCCAAACCAGGUAGGUACUAAUGGGUGAUCCAGCUAUGGACGAAAUUUUGAUCUAGACACGAACGAAAUCCAACACCAUACCUAGAAAGAGCAUGUUAAAAUGAGUAAAACUGCAAAGUUUGGUUGCUAAAGGUUGUAAAAUGAAGAAAUUAUCGCCCUGUGAAGUUCGCAAAUUUUGUAUAUAUUUGUAUUAGGCGCGGUAAAAAUAACCACUUUCCGCUCAAAAAUGGUUAUUUAACUUAUUUUCCCGCGCGUAAUGCAAAUAUAUACAAAAUUUGCGAACUUCACAGGGCUAUAUUUUCCUCAUUUUACAACCUUUAGCAACCAAACUUUGCAAUUUUACUCAUUUUAACAUGCUCUUUCUAGAGGUGUUGGAUUUCGUUCUUCUUGCCUGGGUCAAAAUUUCGUCCACAGCUGGAAUGACCAUUAAUAUGAAUUAACUGUUUAUUAGUAUGUUUGUUGGUGCAUUCCAGUAUAUGAUGGUCAAUGUUGACAUUUCUAGCAAGUAGCAACAAGAAAAUGAAAUACUACAACUGUCAAAGCUACUGUAUAGUUGACUAUAAGCUCACUUUGAUAACAUUCUAUAUAUUUAUUUAUUUAUUUAUUUAUUAACUUUACAAUCAUACAAAAUUAUAACAAUGAUUGAAGGUAUGGUCAACAGGACACGAGUCCCAUGUGAAGACUCGAGUAUUUAUAAAGAAUUUUGUUUUUAUUUUAGGCGCAAGUUAGUAUGCAGAAGAACACAUAUAAGGACAUAAAGGUAUUUUAAAAUACACUAAAUUUCUACUCUUGGUUUAAAACAUGAGUAGCAGUGUUUUAUUAGACAAAACACGCACUGCGAAUGUUUUAAAUUGCUUCAAAAAUGAUGGAUCUAGUAAGAUCAUUUGCGAAGUAAUUUUCAAAAAAUACGUUGUGUAAGUCGAGAAAAUCAAAGUUAAAGUUUAUGUAAAUCAAGGGAAAUCUCUAUCACAUAUAAAGAUACGACACGCUUAUGAUUUUUUUCUCAUGAAUUAUUGAGUUUUUGAAAAUACUUUCAUUAAUGUACCAUCCUUGGAAAGUCCUUGAAUUUGACUCUCUCUGACAUUUUUUUGGCCUUACCUUUCAUAAAACGUUGUCUGGUUUACAUUAUCACGUUUCUGUGGUAUCAAUGUGCGCACCCUGUACUCAACAUAGAUAUCUUAUAUACACUAGAUAGUGCAUCUAAUUAUUCUGCAAUUCCAAAAUUGAAGCCGUGAUUGCAGUCUCAGGUCGUUCCCAUGAAAUGAGAAGAUUCGUAUGUUUUCUAUUUCUUAAACAGGGAACUUGAAUAUUAAGUUAACCCUAUUCCAAAUACGUUUUUAAACUAUUCAAAUAAUGAAAGUUAGUGUUGUUUUUAAGCGUUUAUUAGCAAGUGGGAACGACCAACAUGGCCGCCAUCUAUUCAAAUGGGGGUAACCGCUGGAAUAUUCUUGGCUUCAAUUUUACUAAAUGAGAUGCGCUAUCUAGUGUAUAUAAGAUAUCUAUGGUACUCAACCAUAAUUUUUUAAACCUUUUUAGCCACCACCCAGCUACCCUAACAUACCAAAUUACCCAUCCGGCUUUCCCCAGAACUCCAACUUUCAUAACCCAAACGGCCCUUCACCCAACUUCAACCCCAACCUGGCUCCUCAAUUUCGGUCUGAUAUAAAACCCAAUAUCCAGAACAUUCAAAGCAUCCAACAACAGGCUAUGGUUCCUAACAGUAUGAGGUACCCGACGCCCGUGAGUAAUACCCUACCGAGCGGUAUGAUGUCUCCAGUCCCGUCUCCGUUUGAUGUGAAUCAAGGUGGAAUGGGGCACAGUAAUGUCGGUGGUGGUGGUGUGAUGUCGCCUUUUGAUCAGCAAGAUGUGAAACCACGAAUGCCACCAAGUAUGAUUACGUCUCUUAUUGACAGGAUGAAAUGUACGGUUGUCUGAUUAAUAUAAUCUUCUCACCUCAGUCGUAUGUGAGAAGAGUGCUUCCAGUUUGACUCUACCAAACACCGAGUUGUCUCCGGGUGCUCCGGUUUCCUCCUGCAGUAACACUGGAUCUAUAAGAGAUGAUCCUUACUUGACCUCUAGGAAGAACAGUUUAGAACUGAUAGAACUGGCCAGUAUAAAAAAAGUGAGUUUAGUUUAGGUUUCCUCCUGCAGUAACACUGGAUCUAUAAGAGAUGAUCCUUACUUGACCUCUAGGAAGAACAGUUUAGAACUGAUAGAACUGGCCAGUAUAAAAAAAGUGAGUUUAGUUUAGGUUUCCUCCUGCAGUAACACUGGAUCUAUAAGAGAUGAUCCUUACUGGACCUCUAGGAAGAACAGUUUAGAACUGAUAGAACUGGCCAGUAUAAAAAAAGUGAGUUUAGUUUAGGUUUCCUCCUGUAGUAACACUGGGUCAAUAAGAGAUGAUUCUUACCGAACCUCUAGGAAGAACAGUUUAGAACUGAUAGAGCUAUCCAGUGUAAAUAAAUUUGGGGCCGCUGUAAUUGGCAAUAGCUGUUGUGGUUUCCCAGCCAAUGAAUGUAUAAGUCAGUGAUGGCAAAGUAAAUAAAUAAAAGAAAUGGUUUCUAUUCUCUUGCCAGAUGACAACGAUCAACUUCGACUAACAUUUCCAGUUCGUGACGGAAUAAUGCUGCCGCCAUUCCGUCUUGAACAUAACCUUUCUGUUAGUAAUCACGUGUUUCAUUUACGUGAAUCUGUUCACCACACAUUGCUAUGGAGGUAAGUUUGGAAUAUCUUUGUUUCACCACCAUCAUCAUCUGUCCACCACCACCAUCAUCAUUACCACCAUCAUCAUUACCGUCACUAGUACCACCAUUAUCACCAUGACCUUCGCUACAAACACAACCUAUUAUAAUCAACUAUCAUUCUCAUCUGUCCACCACCACCAUUACCAUCACCACUACCAUCAUUACCGUCACUGGUAUCACCAUCAUCACCACAACCUUCACCACCAACACAACCUAUUAUAAUCACCAUCAUUCUCAUCUGUCCACCAUUACCAUCACCACUACCAUGAUUAACGUCACUGGUAUCACCAUCAUCACCACAACACAACCUAUUAUAUCAUCACCAUUAUUCUCAUCUGUCCAUCAUCAUCACCGCUACCAUCAUCACCAAUACCAUCGCCACAUCUAAACCUGUUUUUUCCUGGUCAACAGGUCUGAUCUGGAACUUCAGUUCAAGUGUUAUCAUCACGAAGAAAAGCAACAGCACACCAACUGGCCAGCGUCCGUCUCUGUGAGUGUUAAUGCAACACCGCUGACAAUAGAAAGGGUACGUCUGAUAUAACUGCUGACUAUUGUGAACCUAUAAACUUAAUUUGUCUUCUGUUGAUAGCGAUGCAACUAUCUGAAAAAUCCAAGGAAAACUUCGGCGUUUCGAGCCCUUAGUCGAGAAGAAGUUCUCCUUGUAUUUUUCAGGUAGUUGCGUCGCUGUCAAGAGUGUCAAGCGAAGUUUUGUUAUUAUUGACAUUGCCUGCACUGGCACACAAGAUUUUAAACUUAACUUGUGUAUUGAACGUAUAAAAAUCGUCAACUAAACUGUAUUUGUGAAUUUUUAGGGAGAUAACAAAACAUCUCACAAACCACUUCAUCUCAAAAAUGUUUGUCGACCUGGUCGAAACACGAUUCAAAUUACAGUUACGGCCUGCUGUUGUGUAUGUAUUGUUCAAGACUAUAUUUCACAGUGUUGCUGUGUUGGUCACACAGUGGUUAGGGCAUGGCCUUUCUUCUUGGGGUUUGGGAUUCGAUUUCUGCAAUAUACAGUUGUACGAUUAUAAUUCUACUUCAGUCGCACAAGAGAAGAUUGCGUCCAGUUUGACUCUACCAAACAUUGCAGGUUUUCGUUGAGUAGGAUUGCCUUCACUGGACCUCUAUGGAGACCAGUUUAGAACUGAUUGAGCUAUCCUGCCUAUCCAGUAUAAAUAAAGUUAGUUUAGUUUAGGUUUCCUCCUGUAGUAACACUGGAUCAAUAAGAGAGGACCCUUACUGGACCUCUAGGAAGAACAGUUUAGAACUGAUAGAGCUAUCCAGUACAAAUAAAGUUAGUUUAGUUUAGGUUCCCUCCUGGAGUAACACUGGAUCAGUAAAAGAUUAUCCUUACUGGGCCUCUAGAGAGAAUAGUUCAGAACUGGUUGAGCUAUCCAGUGUAAAUAAAGUUAAUUUAGUGUUCAUAUAUUUCUUAUAUAUUUCUUUUGCAGUCUCAUUUAUUCGUCUUACAACUGGUCCAUCGCCCAUCAGUGAAGUCAAUACUUGAUGGUCUUUUAACAAAACGACUCUUACCUGCUGCUCAUUGUAUCACAAAAAGUAAGUGUGCUGUUAUUCAGUUGGUCGCUUGUGUUUGGCGACUCAAUCAGUGAUGAUCUUUUCUCCAUCUUGCAGUCAAACAACACUUUGCUUCGCCGCAAAAUCUCGGAGUGAACGACGAUGGAGUCGAACAAACAGCUAUCAAAGUAUCGUUAAAAUGUCCGAUCACUCAACGACGAAUUACGCUACCUGCCCGAGGACAUGAUUGCAGGCAUAUACAGGUAUUUAUUAUGCUAAUUUAUUCAUCAUCACCAUUAUUAUCAUCACCAUCGUUACGACCACCAUAACAAGCUUUCGUUGCAAUUACCUGAAAAAUAUAGAGAAUUUUCGCCCUUCGUCUGGAGUUUCUACCAUCAUAAUCACCAGAUUAGAAACAGAGGGAGAACUUUAUUUAGUCCUGCUCUUAUAUACAGUAUAAUCUUCUAUUUCAGUGCUUUGAUUUGGAGUCAUAUCUGAAAUUGAACGCAGAGCGAGGAAGCUGGAAGUGUCCUGUGUGCAAGUAUGUAUUUAUUUAUACAACCCAAGAUCCAACAAACAGAGAGGAGAAGUGGCCACUUUGAACAAUGGGGGUGGGGGUAGAGUGGGGCUUGUUUCGCCAUUUUGCCCUUCCUACGAGGAUAUAAGUCCGGGAUAAAGUACAAAAAGGUUAAUGAAAUGAUAUUUCUUGUUUUUAGUAAAACAGCAGUGUUGGAGUUACUGGAAGUUGAUCAGUACAUGUGGGGCAUUUUAUCCACUUUGGGAAAGUAAGUGAAUGUCUUAUGUUAUAAAGCUAUUAGGAAGAUCACGUUUGACUGGGAAAUCCCAAAAACAUAAACUGUCUUUAAUAUUUUUAAACUGCAUUAUAAAUCGUAUGUAUGCAUUUAUAAACAUGCAUCACGAGUUGGGCAAAGAAACAUUUGCUCUGUUAGAAAUAUUGCACUCUCAAUAUAAGCCUCUCUCGUAUUUAAGAGUGUCUUGUUAAACGGCAUCAACUAUUUCGCUGACCUCAGAAUGACGUUUCGUCAAAACCUUUUUCUUCAAGAUUGCUUUAGAAACAAAUUUGGCAUAGGGUAAGGUAAGGGUUAGGGGUUAGAGUUGGUGUUUGGAGUAGGGUUAGUGUUAGUAAAACCGUUGCUUUGUUACGUUUUGUCACCCUGAGGCCAGCGAAAUAAUCUCUUCCUUGUUAAACAGGGACUGGUUGUGUUGAAAGGUGGAUUGGCACCAACCCUGGGUUAAAAUUUAACCUGCUGUUUUAGUUCAUGUAUUUCUGCACGUCUGUUUAUUUCAAAACUUCAGAGAAGAAAUCACCCACUGGUCCAAACAAAAUUUCUGAAGAAAUAUUUUCAAAUUUAUAAACAAGCUGUGGGGAAGUUUCCUUCUUCCUUCCUAGGUUAACCUAGGGUUAAACUAACCCAGCUUUGAACAACUGGCCCCAGAAGAAUUGCUCACAUUUUUGUAGAUUGACUUUCAUCUCUGUGGCUGGGGGUCCUCCUGCAAUAUAUGCAGUUGUCUAAUUGUGUUUAACCUCAGUCACAUGUGAGAAGAGAGUUUCUACCAAACACCUAAGCUUUUUCUGAGUACUCGCAGUAAAACAUGCUAGUUUAGUUGAAACAAUUCCCGCUCUCGGUUUAAGACGUAUUAUUAUAAUUAUAGAGCUGAAAGACAAUCGGGACAAAUGUGAGUAAUACCCCCUUGUACCCUUCUUUGUACCUGUUUGUACCCUUAUGCCCUUCUUUGACCCCUCUAAAUGCAAGCGAUAUAUCAAUGAUGAAAUCCUUUGUAGUUCUGGCACAGAAGAAAUCACGAUUAAUCCCAACAGCCAGUGGUUUGCAGUACCUGUGAAACUCGACAUCAAAGAGGAAGGUUAGUGUUUGAACUUACUCAAAAAAUAUUAUUUCAUUUUUCGGCGCGCACCAAGAAAUUGAGAGUUCAUAACAUAGUUGAGAGACCAGAGACAAAUGAAAAGUUCCCUUCGCGCGAAAAAAUUCGCACGGCAUUAGAAAGUCUUCAACUAGGGCUAUUAAGCACCAUUUCCACACUUCACAUUUGAUUGGAUGGAUAGAUAGAUAGAUAGAUAGAUAGAUAGAUAGAUAGAUAGAUAGAUAGAUAGAUAGAUAGAUAGAUAGAUAGAUAGAUAGAUAGAUAGAUAGAUAGAUAGAUAGAUAGAUAGAUAGAUAGAUAGAUAGAUAGAUAGAUAGAUAGAUUGAUUGAUUGAUUGAUUGAUUGAUUGAUUGAUUGAUUGAUUGAUUGAUUGAUUGAUUGAUUGAUUGAUUGAAAUCUUUAUUUAAACACGGUGGUUUUAUCAAAUGGAAUAAAUAAUAAUUAUUUACAAUUUGUUCUUCCUAAAAGCCGUGUAUAAUUUACGAUAUACGUACAUUUUUACAUUUUUUUUUUGGAAUUUUUGAAAGAAAAGAGACUAUUUACAAUUAUUCAUAGAAUAAGAAGAAGAUAGAUAGAUAGAUAGAUAGAUAGAUAGAUAGAUAGAUAGAUCGAUCGAUAGAUAGAUAGAUAGAUAGAUAGAUAGAUAGAUAGAUAGAUAGAUAGAUAGAUAGUUUAAUUAAAAAGUUUACAUUGCAGCUUGUAAAACCUGAAUUGCGUAAUCUAUUUACAAGCUAUUAUAACACGAAUUUAAAAUUACAUUAGAUGCUAAGUUUAGAUAUAAGACAGUUCAAGAAAAUUUUUAACUACAAAGGUCAAAUUGUUUUAAGACUUGCACAUCGAAGGAAUAAAAGUCCGCUUAAAGCGUUCAGUGCGUAUCAUUGGAAUAUUGAAGACUCGCUUCUUUCUAAUGUCGUAGUUUUCCUCUUGCAAAGGAGGUAAAAGAUUGUGUAACUUAUGAGAUUCCGAACUCUUGUUUGAAAAAAAUUUGAAAAAAUUUUCUCUUGCAGGUCAUCCAACGAAACGUCAGAAGACAUGUGACAACCACCCUGGUCCGAUCAACAGUCCUACUAUGAACAGAGGAGGGGGCUUCCCAUCCCUCCCCGCUCCUGUGAGCAUGUCAUCUGGUGCUCCCACAGACACGAUAAAAACCUCCAAUCCAAACCCUCCUAUGCUUGGGCGAAGUAACAGUUCCGGGAACAUCAGUAAUCAAGGUAUGUGACUGCGCUGGAAUUCUAGUAAAGGAAUACUUGGGAAUAUUUUCCGCAGAUAGAAAAUUUUGUAAAAUGUGAUUUUUGGCCGAUACAAAUUUUCCGUCGGAAAAAAAUUUUGAAGUUGAAAAUUUUCAACUUUUAACAAUGAUAUUUUCGGAAAAUUUUCUGUCCGUGGAAAUUUUUCGUGAGUGGAAAUGGGCCUCAACUGUAACACAGGAAAAAUAAGGGAUCACUCUUCGAUCUCUAGGGAGAACAGCUAGAGGUAUCCAGUAUAAAUAAAGUUAGUUUAGUUUAGGUUUCCUCCUAUAGUGUACACUGGAUCAAUAAGAGAUGAUCCUUACUGGACCUCUAGGGAGAACAGUUUAGAACUGAUAGAGCUAUCCAGUAUAAAGUUAGUUUAGUUUAGGUUUCCUUCUGUAGUAAUACUGGAUCAAUAAGAGAUAAUCCUUGCUGGACCUCUAGGGAGAACAGUUUAGAACUGAUAGAGCUAUCCAGUAUAAAGUUAGUUUAGUUUAGGUUUCCUUCUGUAGUAAUACUGGAUCAAUAAGAGAUAAUCCUUACUGGACCUCUAGGGAGAACAGUUUAGAACUGAUAGAGCUAUCCAGUAUAAAGUUAGUUUAGUUUAGGUUUCCUUCUGUAGUAACACUGGACCAAUAAGAGAUCAACCAUUCUUACUCUGAAGUGAGUUGUUUAGAACUGAUAGAGCUUAUUCGGUUACAAAUCUAAUAUAACUGUCUUUUUCACAGGUGAGAAGCCAGCCAUGAGUCCAGUAGCUCAUAUUGGUCAAGUUCCUACCCCCAUUCCGAUGGUAUCAAGUCCCCAUACACCCCAACCUGUGAUCUCAACAGCCAACACUACUACAACCAACCCUAACACACCAGUAUCAACUGUAACUGCUGGUCCACACACGCCCACACCUGCUGUUGCAAGUCCUGGUUGUCUGGAUGGUAGUAAUCUGUCUGGUGAUGGUACGAAGAAAGCAGAAGAUAUAAACCCCGAGGGAUUUUCACUGAUCGAAACGCCACAGGAUGGCACGGGAGACCCUUCAGAAGAGGUAUGUAGUAGUGUUGAUGAUCAUUGUGAUAAUGAUGGUGGUGGUUAAGAUGGUGGUGAUGACGAUGAUGGUGGUGAUUAUGAUGUCGGGG